UUCGACCUUAGGCGUAACCAGAACGCCAAUAGACUUUAGGAUUACUACUUGCUGUUCCAUGGUUGGCUAGCUGUCACCUCGAGCCCCGCCUUCCUCCUGUGCUCCUCGAAGGAAGAUGAGUAACCCGCAGCCAGGAUUGCUAAAUCAUGGCAACAUUUAUGGAACGAUUAGCUUUUCUUCAGAAAGUCCCGACUCUGAUGAAGGCUACAGCAGAUGAUGAAAACCCCUGUCCUGGCUACCUUUUUCAAGAGAUUGGAAAAAUUUCCCAUGAGUCUUCAGGUUGUGGUCAGUGUUUGUUGGAGUACCUUCUGGAGAGGCUGCAGGUAGAGUCCUGUCAUGUCAAACUCAAGGUGCUGAAGAUCUUUGUCCAUCUUUGCGGCCAUGGCUCAAACCAGUUCCUCACAGAACUUAGAAGGAACUCCACCUUCAUCCAGCAAGCAUCAGUUUACAGCGGCCCUCCUGAUCCUGUCCAUGGCACAGCAUUGUAUCAGAAAGUGAGAAAUACAGCACAGGAAGUGGCCACGUUGCUUUUCACAGAUACAAUUUCCACCAAAAGCAGUGUCUCCCUGCUCAACCUAGCGCCCCCUACAAUGGGUAUGGGCUCAGGAACUUCCCACAGGUCAGGAAUGCAGGGAUUUGGAUACAGUCCAGGGAAGCAGGGGACUGCUGGCAGUGACUCACUACUGGAUAAGAUCCAGAAAGCUGCAGAGGUAGUGGCCAGUGCUGUCCUUCCCCCAACUGAACACCAGGGCAUCCGUCUCCAUGACAACCAUUACAGGGCCGUAGUUGCGCCGUCUGCACCCAUAGAGGUGGCCGUGCCUGCGUGUGCCUAUAACCUUCCUGCUCGCAGACCAAAAGCGUUGACCCAGCGGUGCCCAGGGCAGAUUGGAGGCGGCUGGGAAGAGACUGACAGCGGCAACAGCUCCUCUCACAACUCUUCUCAGGAUAUCGCAGCUAACAGCAGGGCCUCUGUGGGCAGCAAGUCAGCUGGUACCGGGAGCCAAUCAGGGGCCAGUAGAGAGAGCAGUGGGGACUUAUCAGAACGGGUGGAAGCCUUGCAGUUGGGGGACUGUGGCCAGGAGAUGGCGCUCAUCAGCAGACUGAUUGACGGAUCCAGAGUUUUCCUGUCCAGAGAGGAGAGCCAGCACUUCAUCAAAGAGUGCUCCAUUCUCAACUGUGAGGUCGUGGUGGAGUUGCUCACAAGCAAGCUUCAAGAUCCCUCAAACACUGUUAAGAUGCGGGCACUGUGUGCUGUAUCAUGCCUCAUGACCUCUGACCUUCUCUCUCUGGAACAAAUGUUUGGAGCUACACAACGAAGGCUCCGCCAGCUGAGUGAGGGGGCUCCAGGACCUGUGGCCAAUAAAGCCACCAAGAUCCUGCGACAGUUUGAGGCUCUGAUGGGUGGAUCUCUACAUGCUCUGAGGCAGGAUACAGCGAACAGCAGUCAUCAGGCAGCAACAACUAAUCAGCUUCCCACAUCGACAUACUCAGACCAUUUGCUACCAACCCACUCUGCUGACAACACCAACCUCAACCAUUAUCAGCCUGACAUCUCGCCCACAGGUGUCACCCAACCACCAAAUCACCUGUCUUCCCCUCCUAGUCUGGACUUGGCCCAGAGAGACUCCUCACGGGAGCGGACGAAUGACGGUGAUGAGGAGAAACUUUCUCACAUUCAGCAAGAGUUAGUACAAAACCAGGUAGAGCCAGUCAGGACUGCUGAGGUUAAACUGGUGGCUGAAGAAUCAGAGCUGAACACAGACAGAGUUCACAGUUCUUCCCCUCCAGCUGAGCACCACAGUGAGCAGCCCUGUCUGAGCAGACUGUCCCUGUUCAGCGGUAUGGAGUUGGUGACCAAGGGGAGGCCCCUGUGUGAAAGAGAGACGCCCCAGGCAGAGAUGGACACAAUGGACGACAGCUUAAGGGAGAAUCUAGCUGUGCAUAACAAUAUCAGCAUCAGUGAAACCAGUAACGACGCUCCUUCAGUUUAUAAUUCAGUUGCAUCUGAUAGCAGCCAACCAGUAUCAGCCUUCUCAUUUCUCAACUUUUGACCAACGUUUUACAGCUGGAACUGUUAUUUAAACCAAUGAUGUCAUCAUAUAUAUCCUUUCAAAAAUCAAUUUAAUUUUAUAAACCAACAUCAGAUCUGUAAGGUUAUAACUAUAUGUAGACAGCAGAUUCACAAUGUUUUGGUUCUUAUCAGUAUGGUGCCUCCAUAGAAGUUGUAUUUAAGCAGCAGAUUGGGUCAAGAGACAGAGAUUUGGGACACAUAACUGUAGCCCUUUUUUAGAGUAUGGAUGAGUGCAAUCCACAGUUGGUUCAAGAAGCCCCUCAACUGUCAUAAGUGUGGACUGGUCUGUAAGCUAUGUUGCUGUUUGCUGGCUGAGGUCUAAUUUCUCAAGUAUUUCCCAAGAAUGGUUGAAUUACAGGUUAUUACUAAUAGUUGCUUUAUCUCAGGAUUCCUUUUAGCUAACUGAAACAACUCUUAAGCCUCUGCAGCACGCCCUAAACCUCUGAGGGAGAAUCCCUCAAUUUGUAAUUUGCACUACAGUUGCUUUUCUUAUGGACACAUAAACCUGCAAAUGAGAGUUGUCUUCCAUAUUUUUUGGUACUAAGCUAUUAUAUCAAUGUAAAUGUUAUCUGAGUGUUAGUUUACAAAUAAUUUAUUAUAUCUACCCUGUAUUGAUUAAAACAUACCUGUGAGAUUGGUUGUAGAGUGCACGUCUAUGAUUUAAAACUGUUUGGAGAACUAAUGGAGGAAUUCAUUAUUGAGAUAUUCUGUAUGCAUAACCAAUGUGUGGAAUUGUGUUUGACAAAACAUCUGCAAUCAGAAUAAUGCUAAAUAUCUGCAGUGUCAUUAACGGUUGCUCAUGUCACCAAAUAAAAAGCAAAUUACCUUCA